UCGCGGCCGUCAGCAAGUUCCUUUACUGUGUUUUCUUGGCUCAGCCUUCAAGUGAGUCGCGGACAAUUCUCUCAGCGUCCGGCCUGGACAGCGGGGUUGCUCAGGCAGCGUUCCUGGGAGCCGAGGGCCACAGACUUAAGUUAAAAAGCUCCACCCCAUCUUCAGAAUAGUCCUGGGUUCUGAGCCUGCCGUCCAAGGAACUCAGGAGGAGGAAUUGACAGUCUCUGCAUCUCUAAGUACCCUGGGACAACUUAAGCAUGUCUCAGGCCACCAAGAGGAAGCAUGUGGUGAAGGAGGUGCUGGGGGAGCACAUGGUGCCCUCUGACCGGCAGCAGAUUGUUCGGGUACUCAGGACUCCAGGGAACAAUCUGCAUGAGGUGGAGACAGCCCAAGGGCAGCGUUUCCUUGUGAGCAUGCCCUCCAAAUACCGCAAGAACAUCUGGAUCAAGAGAGGGGACUUUCUCAUUGUUGACCCCAUUGAAGAGGGAGAGAAGGUGAAGGCUGAGAUCUCCUUUGUGCUCUGCAAGGACCACAUGCGCUCACUGCAGAAGCAGGGGCUUUGGCCUGAGGCCUUCUCUGAAGUGGUGGAGAAACACAGUAACAUGAACAGCCAACCGCAUGGAGCAGCUGGACAGAAAACCUGUCACAUCCAAGGCCACGGGGAAUGGCUGUGCAGCCCACACCGCCCAGCAGGUCUGUUCCUCUUCCAUGGUGUACCUGCCCUCCACUCUCCAAAACAGCAUCUCAUGUCUCCUCGAACUGCCACCCCUGCCACCUCUUCACUGGAACAAUCGGACAUGGGCUGCUUUGACUUCCCCCAACCAAGAUCACCUUGGUUGUAGCUGCUGUAACCUCCCUACCUUCCCUCCUGAAAUAAAUGACACGACCUGGCUUCGCUCAAGGCCACCCUCCACUUGUACUCUAGGCCCCACCAAUGCCUGCAAAAAUCUCCUUUUCUUCUUCUAUCAUUAAUUUGUCUCUCCCACAUACUCCAGAAUCUCCAUUAGUCAGAAAAAGACUCCUUUGUGGCUACGAAACUUGAUUGGAUACUGGUUAAAACAAAAAAAAUUAAAAAGACAUUUUGGGGGAUAACUGGAAAAUGGGGCAUGCGAGCUGCUGUUUUACAGAAUUUAUGGACCUGUUAGGGCAGCGUGGC